UUGUUUUUGGCUGGGACAAAGGAUUUCAACGACACUUUCUCUCCACCUUUAAAAAUGGUUCAGAAUUACAAGCAGACGUCUGGUGCCUGUUCCCCAACCAACACCGAGGAACUUCUCACACCAGCACAUGAGGAAAACGUGCGAUUCAUUCAUUACACUUGGCAGCGUGUCAUGAGAGAAAUGCAGACUUGCCAGGGAAGUGAAAACAAUAACCAGGGACCUCAGAAGUACGUGGAGAGGACACCAAAUCCCGCACUAAGCUCUUUUAUACCAGUCGACUUGAACGAUGUGAAAAGAAAAAACACACAAGACUCCAAAAAGUCUUUAUGAAACAGUUGGAUUUACAUCAUAGAUCUCAUGCCUGGUGCACUGAUGACAUUUGGGCCUUUAUUUGCUGAUUCCCCUUUUUUUUUCUUUUUAAAUAUCAGUGUUGUUCACUGAUAACUUUGUCCUGCUGGGGACAAAGUGCUGCUUUAAAAAUGUUUUUAGAAUUUUCCGUUGAUUUUCAUAUAGAGUGCUGCAGUGAUGAUGUGUUCUUGUAGGUGACAAAAGUCUGGAUUUAUUUAUUUAGUUUUUGAAUUAUCGCAGAAAACAAGCUAUGUGAACAAUAAAAGGAUAUUAUUAUAGGUUUCGCUUAUAAUGAUAAUUUUCAAAAAUUAGCGCAGCAUAGAUGUAGAUUUUCUGUUACUUUGUGAUGUUUAAUUACCCCAAAAUCAUCUAUCAAUCAUCUAUCUAUUAGCUGUUUUGUUGGAUCAUUACUUUUCUCAAGACAAAUAGAUAAAAAAAAAAAACAUGGGGGUGUAACUGAUGUAUUUUAUGUUGUAGAAAAAAAGCUUGUUCCUGUGUUACCUUUAUUUCAGGCAUUAGCCAAAACCCCAUUCGGGAUCACGGGAGUGGGAUUUGGCCUAAAAUAUGCCAUCCCUACAGCACUCUAUUUAUGCUAAUGUAAACUAGCAUUCAUGUCAAAAAGCAUGUUUUUUUUUAAAUAUGAUUUUUAAGUCAAACCAACAAAAUCACUUAACUAAAAACAUUUUUUAUAUAUUUUUCAGUACGGUUAUUCCAUGUUGCAAGAAAACAGAAAAGACUGGAGUAAGAUUUGUUGACAGGUAACCCACUGAACCUUGUCUAGACUUGUUUCUGAAUGUAAAUAAAUUCAAGGAAGGGCCAAUGAUAUCUAGCUUUCUGUAAUUAAGGGUAGCAUUUAUGGAACUGUAUAUUUAAAUUUAUGCUUGUAUGUUAAUAAUUUAAUUUUUUAGUUUAUCUGGGCUAACAAUUUGAAUUUGACAUAUUUAUGAUUUGCAAACAAUGAAAGACCUUAAUUACUCAAUUUGGUAGUUAUAUUUAUUUUUAAAUGGUGGUUAUAAGGCAAUUUAAGUAAGGUUCGACUGUCCUGUAACUUCUGGUACAUUCUCUGGUAUAUAAAAUAUUAAUUUCAUGUACCACCUUUCCUCCCAAAAACAAAUGUAUUGUUUCUGAAAACAUUGGUUCUUAUAUUUAAAAAAAUAUAGACACAUGCACAUAAACUUUUUUUUUUAGUAGAAAUAAUAUUUCUCUCUAUUUGAAUUCUACUUUUUAUUAUUUUGCCUGGUUCCUGUAAAACGCUUUGAAAUUCACUGUCCACAAAUUUUCCUUGUUUCACAAAUAUUAAAAAAUCACUAAAUAUCAUAUUUGGUUUACAGAUGUCUGCAAGAAAGAUAUAGCACAAAGAUUUACACAGUGAUAAUUCAAUAAUACAUUGAACUCUUGUAUGUUAAUGCUUUCACUUGGAAAUCCUGGGCGAGGGUGUGCCAAUGUCACUGUUUUGAGUGUCAUAUUUCAUUAUAUAUAGGCUCUAUUUCAGUUUCUCUAAAUGUUCAAUAUCAUGCUUCUGCUGCAUUAGUUUCUCAACACCUUUACCACUUGUACUGGUAACUGGUAACCAAUCCAUCUCUUUUCAACCAUUGCAUAAACCACAUAAUACAUUUUUAUCAUGUGGUUUGUAGUUUAUAAUUAUUUUUAAUAAUUUAGUAAUACAUUCCACUGUGGUGCCUUCAUUGCUAAUUAUUUUUAAAUACCAGGAAUUUAAUCAAGAAUGACCAUAUGGCUUACAGACAAUCAGGGCAAAUGAAUUCAUUCUCAAUAAUUGUGGACAAACAUGCAUGUUACAUUUUAAAAAUUAACUCCCAAGUUAGCUAAGAAUGGUUGACUAUUUAUUAUGCCAAAAUAAUGAAUUAAUGGACAAAAAGAGUGCUGAUUCAAUUUUAAAAUACUUCAAAUUGUGGGAAUUUCAUGUUAAGAUAUGCACAAAUGCAUACCAUUGUAUCCUGUGACAUUCUGUAUGGUGUUCAUAAUUUAAAAUGACUGCAAAACACAGUUAUUUUAUCAGUGAUGCCAGCUUCUUUGUACAAAACGUGUUUUUAAAAACAUUUUCAUUUUGUGGGAUGUUUAAUUACAAAAUUCUACAUUUGUAGGAUGUAAAAUAUACCACUGUACAAUAAACAAGCAAAAGAAUCAA